AUGCCAGUUGCUCCAUCAACAGCAGGGAAAGCGCCAUCCUCGGCAGUAGGUCGUCGUCCGACGGGUACCACUAAAGGAACACCACGAGCGGGUGGAACACCUGAAAAACGUACACCACAAUCAUCACGUGCUGCUACUGCUAAUGUUAGUCAUCAAACUAGUCCAACAAAACAAAUUCAAAAAUCAACAAAUGAAAUCGAAAUUGAUAUUCCUGAACGACCACGUCCACGUCCACCUGAUCCAACAUUAUUUAUUCGAGCUGGUACAUCUGGUGUUCGACAUCUUUAUCCUAUACAUUUAAUUGAUAAUGAUACGAAUCUUGGAGCAUUUACACGUUCAAUAUCUCGUUUAAGUUCUCGUACACCCUCAACAGAUAUAUGUACAAAUGUUGAUAUGAUACGUAAUGUUUGUUCAUCAAUAACAACAUUACAACAUUUUGAUGUAAGUAAAAAUGAUUUAAAAGAUUUACCAUCUGAUCUUAGUUCACUUAUUGAUCUUGAAUCAUUAAAUUGUUCACAUAAUCAAUUAACUGAUAUAACGGAUUCAUUAGAACAAUUAAAACAUCUUAAAGAAGUUGAUUUAUCAUUUAAUCUUUUAACUUCAAUACCAAAUGUUAUUUUUACAUUAAAAUCAUUAAUCAGACUUAAUUGUGAACAUAAUUGUAUAACAAAAAUUGAUAAUGAUUUAUUAAAUUUAAAACGUUUAAAAUUUCUUGUUUUGGAUAAUAAUCAAUUAGAUUUAUUACAAACAAUUGAUUUUGGACAAUUAAAAAAACUUGAAUAUAUUCAUAUAGCACAUAAUCAAUUAUAUCGAUUUCCACGUGGUUUACAUCGUUUACAUCAUUUAAGAAAUGUUAAUUUAUCAUAUAAUCGUUUAACAACAUUUCCUAUUGAUCUUCUACUUGUUAGUACACUUGAUGUAUUAAAUCUUAGUCAUAAUUUAAUUAUAAAAAUACCACCAAUGCCUAUUGCAUAUAAACGUGCAACAAUGAUAUUUUCAAUUGAUUUAUCAUUUAAUCAAUUAACAAAAUUUUAUGAUUAUUUACUUCUUAUUGCAAGAAAAAUAGAUGUAUCAAAUAAUAAUAUACAUAUACUUUCAAAUGAUUUAAUUAAAAAAUUGAAACAUGAUAUAAUAACAACACGAGAACUUAAAAUACAUAAUAAUCCAAUAGGACAACCUAUUGUACCAUCGGAAAUGUUAGAUGAAGAGUAUUCGAAGACAAUUAAUGUACUUCGAACAAUAAAACUUUGUCUUGAAGAACAAGCAAGUGAUCCGCAUACUCGGCAAGGUUUUAAAUUGUCUAUUAUCGGUCCAAAAAAUAGUGGUAAAACAGCAUUAGCAAAUUGUCUUGAAGAAAAUGCACCAUUAACAAUUAAUGAAAAUGAAGAAGAAGUACAAGAAAGAAUUGUUCAUGUUCAUCAAUAUUCAUUUCGAGUGAUGACAGCAACUGAUGAUACAUCAAAAUCGCCUCCAGCGACAACUGCACCACCAACAACAGGAAAACCAGGAACUCCUUCAAAACCAAACACUACUGAAUCAUCUAAAAUACAAUCUCAACGUUCUGUAACAAAUACACGUAAACGAACAAAUGUUCCCGCUCCAUUAUCUAAACUACCUGGAUCAAGAACGAAUUCACCUAAAACACCAGUUCCACCACCGCCACCAACUCCAAUAUUACCACCAGAACCCAUGAAAUUUCUUCCAUUAACAAUAUUUGAUUUUAAUGGAUCAUCAGAAUAUUAUCAACAUAUGUCACCAUUUAUCGAUACGAAUGCUCUUCAUCUUAUUUGUAUUCAUACAGCUGAUUUUCAUCAAAAUACUCCUUCAAAUAUUGAAGAUAUAUUUAAUGGUACAUUUGAUAUUUCAUCAUCGAUUGUUAUUACACAAUUAUUUCAAUUAUUACAACUUCUCUGUGAAAAAGCAACUAAAACACGUGCAAUUAUGAUAUUACCUGUUGCUACAUGUAUUGAUCUAUAUGAUACACGACCAAAUGAAGACAAAAUUGAAGUUUUAGAUAAAAUAAAUAAAUUCUUUAAAUUUUAUUUACAAUAUCGUGUUGAUAGAAUAAAACAGGAGAUGGAAUUAAUCCAUUCACUUCCAACAAUUUCAUCAUCACUUUCUGAUCGUCUUAAAACAUUUUUAGCGUUACUUAAUAUUCACAUACAAAUUGAAUCAUGUCAUUCAAUAAGUUCAUUAACAUUUCAAGGUAUUGAUGAACUCAAUCGAAUUAUUCAACAUAGUGUAUUAACACAAAAAACAAUAUUUCCACAUGUUGAUCGAAUAUUACCAACACUUUGGGCUGAAGUAAAUCAAUAUAUUGAAUCUUUGGCUGAUGUAUUACCUGUUCCAUAUAUUUUAUGGGAUGAUUUUGCUAAUCGAAUAGUUACGAAACAUGGUCUACCACAUUUACUCAAUGAUAUAGCUGCAUCUGUACGUGAUGAAGGAAAAAUUUUAAUAUUAAAUGAAGUUGGAACAAUAGAUCGUGUUGUUUUUCUUCGACCAUCAUGGUUAACUGAUCUUUUAUAUAGUAUAUUUCGUGAUGAUAUAUUAACAACAUAUCUUGAUUAUGAAAAAAAUGAAUUAUUUUCAUUAAGUAAUCUACCUGAAGCACGUUUUCAAGCAUAUAAAAAUGAAUUGAUUCAAAAUGGUCUUUUACAUUCGGAAUUACUUCGUUCAUUAUGGUUUAAUUUAUUAUAUAAAAAAGAACAUUUUCAUCAUUUAUGGUUAACAAUAAUGAGAUUUGUAUUAGUUGCUUAUCCAAAAAUGAAUAAAACACAAUUAAAACGUUUUGUUCAUGUUGAUAUACCUGAUCCAUUUUCGAAAGGAGCAAAUAGUUAUAGUCGUUUAAUUGAUUUAAAACCAAAUGUUGAUGAACGAGACGAAAUUAAAUUUGAUUAUGCUGUUGUACCUUAUUAUUUACCAUUUAGUAAUCAAAAAGAACAACAAGAUGAAUUAAAACGUUUUAAUAAUCGUUUAAAAAAUAUUAUUAGUAUUCGUUAUAAAAGUCAAUCAUUACCACUUGGAUUUUUUCAUCGAUUUUCUGUUUCAUCUAUAUUAAGAUUAGAUGUUAUUUAUAAGAAACAUUGGAAUGAUUUUAUUGUAGGUGAACAUGAAACUAAAGAUACGAGAUUUAUUAUGGAAACAGAUCAUCGUACAUAUAUUAAAUGUCAUUGUGGUACAAGUAAUCUAGAGAAACCAUUUGAAGAAAUUUGGAGUUUACUUAUGCUUAUACUUAAUCAUUGCGAAGAAAUGUUUCUACAGACAGCCCCUAGUAAUAAAUUUGAUCGAUCUGUUCAAUGUUCACAUUGUAAAGAAUUUUCAUUUAUGGGUGAAUGGACAACACCAAAAGAAUUACAAGGUAUAAAAACAAAAGCAUGUCCAUCGUGUGGUGAGAAUAUUGAUACAGCUCGUCUAGUACAACCCAAUGAAAGAAAACGACGAAGUGAAGAACUUUUAAGACGAAUUCGUGAACGACGUGAAAAAAAUGUUGCUAAAUUGGCAGAAAAUGCAUCUCAAGCAUCACAACUAUCACCAUCAACUUCAACGACUACUCAAAUAUUAGUACCACCCGUGUGA